AGACCCCGCCCCUCUGUCCCCUGCUGAGCUGCCUCUGAAGGCGCUGGCUCAGUGAUGGCGGAGGCCGUGGAGCGCACUGACGAGCUGGUCCGCGAGUACCUGCUUUUCCGUGGCUUCACGCACACGCUGCGGCAGCUGGACGCCGAGAUCAAGGCGGACAAGGAGAAGGGGUUUCGGGUGGACAAGAUUGUGGACCAGCUGCAGCAGUUAAUGCAGGUGUAUGACUUGGCUGCCCUUCGAGAGUACUGGAGCUACCUGGAGCGUCGGCUAUUCAGCCGCUUGGAGGAUAUAUAUAGACCCACCAUCAACAAGCUGAAGACUAGCCUAUUCCGCUUUUAUCUCGUUUACACAAUCCAGACAAACAGAAAUGACAAGGCUCAGGAGUUCUUUGCAAAGCAGGCCACGGAGCUCCAGAACCAGGCUGAGUGGAAGGAUUGGUUUGUCCUGCCCUUCUUACCAUCCCCAGACACCAACCCCACCUUUGCUACCUACUUUUCUCGACAGUGGGCUGACACCUUCAUUGUGUCCCUGCACAACUUCCUGAGUGUCCUGUUUCAGUGCAUGCCAGUCCCUGUGAUCCUGAACUUUGAUGCAGAGUGUCAGAGGACCAACCAAGUUCAAGAAGAAAAUGAAGUUCUGCGUCAGAAGCUUUUUGCAUUGCAAGCCGAGAUCCACCGACUGAGGAAAGAGGAGCAGCAGCCAGAAGAGGAAGAAGCUUUGGUCCAACACAAAUUGCCUGCUUAUGUCUCCAAUAUGGACCGCCUGGGGGACUCAGAACUAGCCAUGGUGUGCAGCCAGCGAAAUGCCUCCCUCUCCCAUUCACCUCGAGUGGGCUUCCUGUCCUCGCUGCUGCCUCAGAGUAAGAAGAGCCCCUCCAGGUUGGCACCUGCCCAGGGGCCCUCUCAGGCUCAGAGCUCAGCCAAGAAAGAGUCUGUCAGUGGUCAGGUCAUUAAGGGAAAAGACCCAAUAUCUGGAGCCAAAGAUGGGAAGAGCCUCCUCAGUGGGCUGGCCACUGGGGAGUCCGGCUGGUCACAGCACCGGCAGCGGCGCCUGCAGGACCAUGGCAAGGAGAGGAAGGAGCUUUUCUCUACCACCACUUCCCAGUGUGCAGAGAAGAAGCUGGAAGCCAGUGGCACAGAGGCAGAACCCUGUCCAGAGCUCCACAUGGAGCCCGUGGAACCACUGACUCGGGUUCCUGCAGCAGGCACUGAGGGGGGAGGAGUCCGCCCAGAGCAGCCCUUCAUCGUGCUAGGGCAGGAGGAGUAUGGGGAGCACCACUCUUCCAUCAUGUACUGCAGGGUGGAUUGCUCUGGGAGGCGGGUCGCCAGCUUAGAUGUAGAUGGGGUCAUCAAAGUGUGGUCCUUCAACCCCAUCAUGCAGACCAAAGCUUCUUCCAUUUCCAAGUCACCACUGCUCUCUUUAGAAUGGGCCACCAAGCGGGACAGACUGCUCUUGCUGGGCAGUGGUGUGGGGACGGUUCGUCUCUAUGACACAGAAGCCAAGAAGAAUCUCUGUGAAAUCAGCAUCAACGAUGAUAUGCCCAGAAUCUUGUCCCUCGCGUGCAGCCCCAGCGGGGCCUCUUUUGUCUGCUCGGCUGCAGCCCCAAGCCUCACUUCCCAGGUGGACUCCUCAGCACCUGACCUCGGCAGCAAGGGCAUGAACCAGGUUCCUGGCAGGCUGCUGCUGUGGGACACGAAAACCAUGAAGCAGCAGCUCCAGUUUUCCCUGGAUCCAGAACCGAUUGCUAUCAACUGUACAGCCUUUAAUCACAAUGGGAACCUACUGGUCACAGGGGCAGCUGAUGGUGUCAUCAGGUUGUUUGACAUGCAGCAGCACGAGUGCGCGAUGAGCUGGCGGGCCCACUGUGGGGAGGUGUACUCCGUGGAGUUCAGCUACGACGAGAACACUGUGUACAGCGUUGGCGAGGACGGGAAGUUCAUCCAGUGGAACAUCCACAGGAGUGGCCUGAAGGUGUCUGAGUAUGGGCUCCCCUCCGAUGCCACGGGCCCCUUCGUGCUGUCCGGAUACAGCGGCUACAAGCAGGUUCAAGUCCCCCGGGGCCGACUCUUCGCUUUUGACUCAGAGGGCAAUUACAUGCUGACCUGUUCUGCCACAGGGGGUGUCAUCUACAAGCUGGGUGGUGAUGAAAGGGUUCUGGAGAGCUGCUUGAGCCUGGGUGGCCACCGGGCCCCUGUGGUCACUGUGGACUGGAGUACCGCCAUGGACUGUGGGACCUGCCUCACCGCCUCCAUGGAUGGCAAGAUCAAGCUGACCACCCUCCUGGCCCAUAAACUGUGAAGGGCCUGUCCUGAGGGACACCCACGGAGCAGUGUUAUCCUGGGUGUAGGGGAGAUACAAGGUGGGAAAUGGGGCACUCCUCUGCAGCUCCCGCCAGCACAGUGAGUCUUCAGGGAGAGACUGUCCAGGGAGUUAAAGCGUUGUCCAACUAUGAUGACUGGACGGGGAGCCACACGGAGCAAGUGGCUCAUGCUGGAGACCAACAUCAUGGACUGUGCCAGACAUACGCUGCAGACUGCGGGACGAAAGCUCCAGAAGAAGGAGAGAUACUGUGAUGGCUGCUGUGUUGGCCCAGGAGAAAUUGACAGUAUUUUGUAUGUUUCUCAUUUUUUUUUUUUUUAAAAGAGAAU